GAUGAACACACAGCACCUUCCUGGGGGAAGCUACUACACGAGCCAGGAGACUUCUUCCGGGAUAAUCCGCCAGCCCAGGAAAAGCCAGUAGCACACCUUACAGGGUCCAACUUCAACCUGACGGAUUCAGGGGGCCCGCUGCUGUGGGAGGCUCGGCUGGGCAUGGUCUUCCUGAAGGGAUUCCGCUACCAAGAUGGAGCGCUGGUGGUGCCUGAGUCCGGCUUCUAUUACAUCUACUCCAAGGUGCAGCUGGCCAGCCUGGGCUGCCCCGAAGGGGGCCGGCUGGUGUCCCUGGGGCUCUACAUGCGAACCCCCCGUUACCCCAAGGAACUGGAGUUGCUUCUUGGCCGGAAGACAUUGUGUGGGCAGCGGAGUAGCUCCCACAUCUGGUGGGACAGCAGCUUCCUGGGGGGGCUGGUGCAUCUGGAAGCCGGCGACGAACUCAUUGUGCGUCUGAGGGACACCAGACACUUCUGGGUUCGAGAUGCCAGUCGUUCCUACUUUGGGGCUUUCAUGGUGUGAAAAGGGGGACGCUUUCCCCACAUACAGACGCACACCCUAGACUGAAUGGAACCAGAGGGUCCCCCGCUUCACAUGGCUUCCCCAGGACCACCAACUUAACAACAACAAAAACAAAAACAGAGACUGGGGGGAUCCGGGAGACACCCCUCUUCCCACUGCCGCCUGAUACCACAAUGGAGACCUUGAGAUUUUAAUUAUAUUUAUUUAUUAGAUAGAGAUAGAGAAUUUGAGAGGGGAGGGGGAAGUAGAAAGAGAGAGAGGGAGACAGGUGGGGCCUGAGAGGCUUGAACCUAGGUCCUUGUGCACUGUAAUGUGUGCGCUCAACCAGGUGUGCCACUGUCCGCCCCUCUUGCUUUUAUUGACAAGGAAGAAAUGGAGAGGAGAGGGGGAGAUAGGGAAAGAGACCGAGAGACACCUGCAGCCCUGCUUCACCAUUCGUGAAGCUUCCCCUCUGCAGGUGGGGACCAGGGGCUUGAACCUGGGUCCUUGCACAUGGUGACAGGUGCACUCAGCCAGGUGCUACCUCUCAGCCACCCCCUGAGAAUUUUUUCCCAGGGUAGAGGGGCUGCUGUGGGACUGAAUUGACAUUUAUGGAUGACAUUCAUGGGUGCAGGGUGGGUAUUUAUCUUGUGGGUCUGAAGAAAUGGGGGAUCCCCCAGCCCCCACCCCUGAGAGUGAGACUGGAGAGCGUCUGGGGGUUGAGCCCAGAAGAGAGAACUUGUCCCCCAUGUCCAACUCACACUCGCCCGUGUGGGCGGUGGAUGGGGAGAGGGAGACUUGGAGUGGCAGAGGGGCAGCACAGCCAUGUGGAAACCGGGCCCCAGGGUGCCCACCCACGGGUACAGUCACAGCGUGAGCUGGGACCCACAUGUGGGCCCUGGGUGUUUCUAGUGUUUGCUGUUCUCAUCAUGAUGGGUGGCUGGUGGGUGGCUGGUCACCAGGACAUUAUUUAUCAGGUGGCUGUGUCCUGGCAUGGCUGGACACACAGACAGACAGACAGAUAGCAGACACUCUGGAAGUGUUUGUAAGUAUGGCAUACAGAGAGAGAGAUUGCAGUCACAUCUGAGCAUCACAAGGCUGAGAAAGAAUAAAUGAGAGAAAGGGAGAGCAAAGGAGGAAGGAAAUACAGCCUUAUUUAGAGUGUGACAAAGAAAUAUGAUUUAGUCCCAUCAUGGAAAAUCUAUCAAGAAAGGAAGACAAGAGAAAGAGAGAGGGGGGGGGGAGUGAUUAAGCAUCACAGAGAAUCUAUCACACACACAUACAGGCUUUUACUGACAGAAACAGAAGUGUAGGAAAGAAAGAUAAAAAAUGGGGGGGGGGGAAUGGAGAGAGGAAGAAAAAUAAAGACAGAGAAAAGACAGAAAGAAAGAAAGAAGGGGGAAUGAAAAAGAGAAAGAAAAUGAAGAAAGAGAAAGAAUGAGAGGAAAAGAAAAAUGGGGAGAGAGGGGAGAAAAGUAAUGAAAGGAAAGAAAAGAGAAAGGCAAGAAGCCCACCGCAGAGGUGGUGCAGAAUCCCCCCCCCACUUCCCCAGUUGCCAGUGUCAUCCCUGAACUUGAACUUGAACUUGAACUGGCAGCUUCACCAACACCGUGUCCCCCAGCCACAUGUCAGCCACCCUCUCGACCUCAGUCCCACUGGGUGACACUCAAAAACAGCGCCGGGACCCACCACCCCACCCUGGGGUGGGGACCUGAUUUGGGCCCUGGGUCACACUGGUAGGGUGACAAUAAAUGGUGAUUCUCGUA